ACCAUCAUCCAUCCACAACCACAACACGCUCAACAAACGAGAAACACUUCAAUCCUCACUCGUGAACAACAAAAUAAAAAUUUAAAUUAAAAAAAAGAGUGUAAUGGAAAUACAAUACCUGCCAACAAUGUCUUGGCACGUGGAUCGGAACUCAUGUUUUAAAAUGAACACCAACUGACAUUUUGUAGAUAGCUAAAUACUUAAUAAAUAACGAUUUUUACGUCCAAAAACUAGCAGCAAUGAGUACCGCAGUCGAGAAAAGCUGACAAUCUUUCUCUGGAUCUUCCUGCGAAAGGUCAAGUCGAGGUCACACAUCGCUUGACCUAACACUGCCAUCAAAACUCAUAAUUUCUGUAUUUAUAGUUUUCAAAAGUCUUUAAAUAAUCUUCAUCAGAAUUAAUUUACAUUCAGUACCAUAUUAUUGAUCAAAAUAAUUUCCUUCGUGACAAGAAAUUCAACAUUUUUUGGCCGAACCGAUCCUCGUACACAACUAACACGUGCCUCGCAUCAGAACUGGGUGGUGGAGAGCGUGUUCGUUUUGGGGAGCGAAUGUUCACGGGGAGCUAGCGGGUGGGUUUUGCGGUGGUAUCGUUACAACUUGACUGCUGCCGUGGAGAAAGCUUGUUUGAAGUCUUUGAUUCGACCAUACUUUAAGGUGUGAAGGACAGGAACAUCGUCAUUUGUCAUGGAUGUUUUGCUGAGCCUUCAAGCUUCUGGUGUUGAAAGGGAAAAUGACGACGAUGAUGAUUCACACUCUAACAUCAGUGCAAGUGAAGAUGAGGGUGAUUUGGAGGAUGAAUCAAGACAUUCUAAACUCUUGGAAGCCAUUGGCUCCAUGGAAACCAAGAAAAGGUCAAAGGUCAAGCAAAGGUCCGAAGCAAGUGCAGAUGUUUCAGAGUAUCAGCUGAAUACUAAAGAUGUUCAAGGGAAAGGAAUUUGGAUCCAUGAUCUUAUGGGAUCUUUGAAGAACACCCCAUCCCACUCCGCGCUGAAGAAACAGAUGAACAAUGUGAACAAACGGAAGACACUCCCUACUCCCUUACAUCAGCAUGAAGCAGAGAAGAUCCAGCGGACGAUGGCCUAUGAAGGGGUCAGCAAGGAGGUCUCUAAAUGGGACCAAGUGGUACAGACCAAUCGUAAGGCAGAGCAUCUGUCCUUUCCUCUCAACCAAAAGGUCGUUGGACUUCCAACCACUGACCAGUUCGUCAAGAAGUUUAAGCCAAGCACACCGUUGGAGCAGGAAGUCUACAAAAUAUUGCAUGGGAGUAAGUUUGCAGAGAGACCCAACAAACAACUCUCUCAGGCUGAAGAAGAGGCCAUCAAAGCAAUGAGCUUGUCUGAGGCUCGUGAACGGAGAGCGGAGCUACAGAAACACAGAGCUCUUAUGUCAUUCUACGAAGCUAAGUGCAGGAGACAUAAAAAGAUCAAGAGUAAAAAGUACCACCGUAUAGAGAGGAAAAGCAAGGCAAGGCAGGAGUCAAAGAAGAUGGAAAAACUGAUGGAAGAUGACCCAGAGGCUGCCAAAGAGGCAAUGGAGAAACUAGAAAAAGCAAGGGCUACGGAGAGAAUGAGUCUGAAGCACCGGAACACAGGAAAAUGGGCAAAGACUAUGAUGAGAUAUGGGAAGCACAACAUAUCGGCGAGGCAAGAGCUUGCUGAGCAGCUUCAGAAGAGCCAUGAAUUAACUGAGAAGAUUGCCGAGGUGAAUGAAGACAAGACUGAAGAGACGAAUGAAGUGGAGGAAGAGGAGGAGGACACUGUUCAACCUUCGCUUAGCGAUAUCAACAACCCUUGGUUCACUGGCAAGGUGGUCAGCAAGGGAGGAGACAAAGCAGAAGAGGGGGAGAGGGAAGUGGAACAGUUUGUAGCCUUGGAAGAAGUACAGGCAAAGAGAGAUGAUGAUGAUGGAUCGGAUGAAGAGGAGAGUGGAGCAGAUGAUGAGGAGGAUGAGAUCGAAAAGGACCACAAGAUGUUGAAGAUGAUACAGGAGGAGAGGAGAAAAUGGGAGAAUGACGCUGACGAUGAUGACGAGGAGGAUGACGAAGAGGAGGGAGACGAGAAGGUGACCCAAGCUGAUGAAGUUGAGGUGGUGAAGAAAGGGAAGAAGAGCAAAGGGGUUGCAAAACAAGAACGGACUAAGUCAAGGAAAGCCGACAAGAAGGGAAAGCAGAAAAAAGUCAAGGUCAUUGAAGUGGAUGUUGAGGAGGAGGAUGAUAAAGAAGAAGAUGAUGAUGCAGAGGCGUCCCAACUGGAGGAAGGCGUUGAUAGACGUCAGACACACUCCUCCCUCGACGAUCAAGACUGGCUCCAUAGACUGGAGGAGCAGAAAAAACAGUUGCCACAGAAGCCAUCCGAUGAUGUUGUCCAAGGUGACAACAGUGUGGAGAAGGAGGAAGACACAAAGAAAUCCACAGGCAUUGUUGAUCCAAGCAAAGUCUUUGUGGUGAAGCCGAAGGAUAUGUUGAAGUCUGCAAUGCCGGUGCUGGUGGAACAAGGGGAUGAUGGAGGAAUGGACCACCGCAUGAACAUCAUGCAAGCAUUUGAAGACGAUGAUGUAGUGGAAGAGUUCAAGGAAGAAAAGAAAGCAAAAGUUGAGAAGGACAAACCAAAGGACAUUGACCUUACUCUUCCAGGAUGGGGAGACUGGGGAGGAACGGGUGUAGAGACAUCAAAGAAGAAACGGAAAAGGUUUAUUAUAAAGGCCAAACCUCAAGCCCCAAGACAAGAUGCCCAAUUAGCUCAUGUGAUCAUCAACGAGGAUAGGGAUAAGAAGAUUGCUAUACAUCAGGUGAAUAGCCUUCCGUUCCCCUUCACCAGCACCGAGCAGUUUGAGAGGAGCAUCCGAGCCCCCGUCGGCAGUACCUGGAACACCCCCUCUGCCGUCAAGGCCCUGACCACGCCCAAGGUCAGCACCAAGAUAGGCACCAUCAUCCGACCAAUCAAGGCCGAGGAGGCCUUCAAAGAGAAGAACAGGAAAAGGAAGAGCAUGGAGGAGAUGAGGAAGAAGAGGAAUGGACAAAGACCAGAUAUUGUAUUUGAUGAGGGGAGUAAAAAGAAGAUGAGAAAGGGCAAGGGAAAGGGAUGAAUGAACUCAUCUCUCUUGCAAUUAAAUGUUAUUACUCUUUGCCUUGUGAACGAGGAUGACAAAACCCUGUGAUUUAUUUGACAAUCUCCUUUCAGGGGGGAAGUUCCAGAAAUAGGAAAGUGCCAACGUGCAUAUGAUAUGUAACAUGCAAGUUCAUGAUUAAUAUGCAGGAAAAGCGUCACAUGGGCAUGAUCUGAUCAUGCGGUGGUGUUUAGUAGUUACCACAUACAAUUGGCAUCUAAUUUUUAUUUUGCAUCAGAAUCCUCUGUGAAACACCCCUGAUCGAUCGGGGUCAAAAGUGAAUGGAGCAAAAUCUUUAACAAAUUUAUUCCGUCUUACACUUAAAGAGGAACAAAAAGCGGAAGAAAUGGAAUGCCCAUCGAUAGGAUUUUAUAAUUUGCCGCCUUGUGAGUUUUCAGUGACAACAAAUUAAAUGAAUUCUUUCUUGAAAAAUGUCCUAAAGAAUUUUAUUUUGCCAUUGUUCUCAUUUGUUAAAAGUGUUAUGGGAGAGGGCCUUGACUACUCAUGAAGUACUUACAUCUAGGGCCAGUUCAGUUGCAGAAAGAGUUACAAUCAAAUGCAACUCCAAAUAUCAAACACAACUUGAUUUUUAACCAAUUGUAAGCAUGCAUUAGGACUUGCAUGAUCUUUUACUCUCAAUAAAAUAUAACCUUUUCUGCACUGGAGCCACUGUUUCUUGACUAAAACUCAUCAAGGUUAAAGCUGUGGUAAAAGUCUGAUCAUGUGAAUUAUGUCCAAUUAUAAUUGUAACAUUACAAUCUUUAAUGAGUUUUGUUUCAUCCACUGAUUGUUUGAUAAUUUGAAUUUUUACAAUUGAAAAGAUUCAGAUUAAUUGCCUUCUCUCUUUUGAAUAAUAAAAAGAAAACUAAUCAAGCCUAAUGCUGAAAUUUCAUCAAAAUCAGAUGGAAACAGAAUUCAGUCUUAUCACAAUUUUCAUUUUUGAAGACCAAAUUACUUUUUCUGCUAAUUACAAAUAACCUUGUCUUGCGGCUUUUUUUUUCUGCAGAUGGUCACAUUUUAUCUCUUGUUUGUAUUAUCUUUUUAAUCUUCCUUCUUUCCAGGCGUCAAGGCUCAUUGAAACAAAUAUCAUUUUUCAAAUGUUUUAGGACAAAUGAACACCAAAUACCACACAGUAGCUUGGUAUAAUAAGUACUGAAAACAGAUUUUAUUUAUCUUGUUUAUUGUAUGUUGAUUGAUAAAUGGUAGGAUCAAUGAAAAUAAAUAUACUUUAUUUACAAA